AAAAAAAAUUGUUUUUUUAAAAUGAAACUGGGACAUACAAUUGAAGCUUCAAAAAAAAAAUAUCCAGAGUUAACUGAUGAUAUUAUUAAUGAAUUACGAGAAUGGGCAGUAAAAAGAGGCAUAACUCAAAUACCUGAUGAAAUUUUAGCUCUUUUUGCUCACAGUUGUUAUUUCAAUAUUGAAUCAGCAAAACAUUGCAUGCAUAUUUAUUAUAAAUUUCGUGCAAAUGUAUCAGAAUUUUUUAAUAAUCGUGAUCCAAAAGCUGACUAUCUUCAGCAAUCUUUAAAAGCUUUACAAUUUGUAGCACUUCCUAAGCCAGAUAGUCAAGGAAAUUGUAUAAUAUUUCAUCGUCUUGCUGAUUAUCGUUCAAGUAAAUACAUAUUAAAUGAUGGCAUUAAAUUAUUGCAAAUGUCUGUUGAUGCAAGUCUCUACUACGAGGGUUGUACACCUGGUUAUAUAUUUCUUUUUGAUAUGAAGGGAGUUGGACUUGGUCAUUUAACUCGUUUAUCAAUUACAAGUAUACGAAAAUUUUUUGAGUAUCUUCAGGAUGGUCUUCCAGUUCGUCUCAAGGCUAUUCAUGUACUCAAUGCUGUAUGGUUCAUGGACAAAGUACUUGCAUUGAUAAAACCCUUCAUGAAACGUGAACUCAUUGAUUCCUUGCAUCUUUAUACUGGUGAUGUUACAGAAAUUUAUAAACACAUACCAAAAAAAUGCUUACCAAGUGACUAUGGUGGAGAACUUGAAUGCCUUGAAAAACUUCAUGAGGAACAUUGUCGAAAAUUGGAAAAUCUUCGAGAUUAUUUUUUACAGGAGGAAUUUCUAUUUAGAAAUUACUCACCAUUAUCAACAGAUUAAUUAAAAAAUUAAUUAAAUUUUUAUCAAUCUAUAUUAAUAA